CUCCUCCCGGUUGAUCUCUUUAAAAUAUUUUUUCAUCUUGUCGCUGAAGCUGGGGAGUUGAGGUUUUUUUUUCCCCUUGUCUUUCUCCGCUUUUUAGAAAUUGGGGAGGGGGGUCAUCGCGUUGACCCUCUCGCUUUCCAAGCCUCCCCCUUUUAAAAAUACGAUUUAGCGACCUACCUGCUUUUAUUUUAUUUUAUUUUCUAAUUAUUAGUCGCGUUAUUUUUCCUCCCUUGAUGGUGAACCCCUCUCUCUCUCUCUCUCUCUUCGUUUUGAUUCUGGCCACGGAAGGGGGGCAAAAAAGAGGUGAAGAAACACCAAGAAGUGUUAAAAAAAAAAGACAGACAGCAAGAAAGCCAAACAAUCAUUUGCAAAUCAGCGAGGAACUGCUAAGUAACCUUUCCCUAUAAAACUGCAGUUGUGAAGCUGCAGAGAGGAAAGAGCGAGCGCGCAGAGGAGAAAGGGGGAGGGAAGAGAGAGAGGAGAGGAGAGGAGGGGAGGGGAAAAAAAGAGGAGAGAAAGAAAAACGAAAGAAAUCGAGGCAGCCGGAUGCAAAAGGCAAGCAAAUAGCACGAGCGAGGGAGAGAGGCACGGCCGCUCGCGGGUCGCCGGCUGCAGCCGAGCGGCUCUUUGUCGAGGCAGCCUCCGGACGCGGGUGCGAGGGGCUGCGGGCAGAUCGGAGCUCGCCCCGGCGCCGGCAGAGUAAGCGAGCGGGAGGCGACAGCGAGGGAGCGGCGCGCAGCUCCGGACAGCAGCUUCCCGAGCGUCCUCCGAGGCUACCAGCAAACUGGCUCACCCGUUGGCAAGUCAGGGCAGCCCCCUGGCUCCGGGAGCGCACCCUUUCUGGAGGACGGGCGGCGGCGGCGGCGGCAAGAGGAUGGCAUCGGACCUGGCCCUGCACAGCGCCGACCUGCCCACCAGUCCCUUGGCCAUGGAAUAUGUUAAUGACUUCGAUCUGAUGAAGUUCGAAGUGAAAAAAGAGCCGGGGGAGACGGACCGCAUUAUCAGCCAGUGCGGCCGCUUGAUCGCUGGGGGAUCGCUCUCUUCCACCCCGAUGAGCACGCCUUGCAGCUCGGUGCCUCCCUCGCCCAGCUUCUCGGCCCCCAGCCCGGGCUCCGGCGGCAGCGACCAGAAGACCCACUUGGAAGACUACUACUGGAUGACCGGCUACCCGCAGCAGCUCAACCCGGAGGCGUUGGGGUUCAGCCCGGAAGACGCCGUGGAAGCGCUGAUCAACAACAGCCACCACCAGCUCCAGAGCGCGGCGGCCGCGGCCGGCUUCGAAGGCUAUGCUAGAGGGCAGCAGCUGGCCGUGGGCGGCGGCGGAGGAGGCGGCGGCGGAGGAGGCGGCGGCGGGCCGGGGGGCUCCAUGCCGCCGGACGAGAUAGGCUCGGCGGCCGCCGUGGUGUCCGCGGUGAUAGCGGCAGCCGCGGCGCAGCAGCAGCAGAACGGCGGCGCGCCCCACUACCACCACCACCACCACCACCCGGCCGGCCACCACCACCACCACCAUCACCAGCAGCAGCAGCAGCAGCAGCAGCCGCCGGGCAGCGUGCAGUCUUCGGCUAGCAGCACCAGCAGCAGCAGCAGCAACAGCAGCGGCGGCGGCGGGGGCGGCGGCGGCGCCGGGGGUCUCCACCACCAGCACCACGGUGGCAGCGGCGGCGGCGGCUUGCAUUUCGACGACCGCUUCUCGGACGAGCAGCUGGUGACCAUGUCGGUGAGGGAACUCAACCGGCAGCUGCGGGGCGUCAGCAAGGAAGAGGUGAUCCGGCUGAAACAGAAGCGACGGACCCUGAAAAACCGAGGCUACGCGCAGUCCUGCCGCUUCAAGCGCGUCCAGCAGCGGCACGUCUUGGAAUCCGAGAAGAACCAGUUGCUCCAACAGGUGGAGCAUCUGAAGCAGGAAAUCUCCAGGCUGGUCCGGGAGAGGGACGCCUACAAGGAAAAAUACGAGAAAUUGGUCAGCAGCGGGUUCCGGGAAAACGGAUCCAGCAGCGACAACCCCUCUUCUCCAGAAUUUUUCAUGUACCCAAGAGAAUCUUCUACAUCGGUGAUGUGAGACUUUCCUGUUGCCUGGAGCCUGAUGAGAAAAUGCGAUGCUGGUUUGCAGAUGGCUUACAACAAUUUCCUGGCAUGAAGAGUAAAGCUACAAAGCACAAAAUAAUGGGGGAAAAAUAAAAACCUACAGACAAAUGGACUUGGGAUAGAACAAGGAAAAAAAAAAGUGGAUUUUCAUGGCGUUGAAGAAUUCUUUAUUUUUCCUCAAGUUUUCUUUUCUUAAAAAACAAACAAAAAUAAACAAAAGGAGCUAAGACAUUCACAGGAACCAGACUUUCUCUUCAGGUGACAGUACUCAAGCAUGUUCUUUUAUUACCUUUAAAUUGAAACAAACAACUGAAUGAACAUAAUGCUGAGUGAACUGGGCCACUGGUGGUAUUUGCUGUACAUCAACCUUCCUUAAAAUUCCCAACUUUUAAUCCCUCUGAUUACUUACACCCUACGUGUUUGUAAAGAGACAAGUUCACCCUGCAGUAUUUAGAGAAUGGUUUGCAAAUGUAUCUUUUAAUAUCAUAUUUUAUGGAUAUUGUACUAUGUAUUUAACUAGAAUGGGAGUAACCUGGACUUUGAGAUUCUUCUCCUUUUAGGCAAAGUGGUUUCCAUUUGUUAUCAAGAAGACUUUUUGAUUAUUUAAUACUUGGGGUUGUUUUACUGAACAUUAAGUGCAGGAAGCAAAACGAGCCAUGGGCUACUCUCCUCAGAGAGGAGAAUCCAAAUAACAAACUGAAAUUCCCAGGAGGUUAUUUUAGGUCUUAUGUGACUUUUUU